AUGGUUACCAAAUCAUUCGACACCCGUGUCGUGCAUGAACUCUGCUCAAAAGAUCAACUAGACUUGCUGGACUCUGUAGAUCGUCUACGCUCUCAGGGAAUCGACCAUUAUGUCUCUCUGCCACAGAUCAUCGUUUGCGGUGAUCAGUCUUCCGGCAAAAGCUCUGUCCUUGAAGCUAUCUCCGGUGUCUCUUUUCCGGUCAAGAGCAGCCUAUGUACUCGUUUCCCAACCGAAUUAGUCUUACGAAAGACAUCAAAGAUCGGCGUCAGCGUCUCCAUCGUCCCAGAUCGCUCGCGUAGUGAAGUAGAGCGCGAAUCUCUUAGCAGUUUUCGCGAGACGCUCGACAGCUUUGCUGCACUCCCAACAUUGAUCGAGAAUGCCAAAACAGCCAUGGCCAUUGGAAGUCUUGGUCGAGCUUUUUCGAAAGAUCUCUUACGGGUUGAAGUGUCGGGUCCUGACCGACCGCAUCUUACGAUUGUAGACUUGCCGGGCCUUAUCCAUUCAGAGACAAAGCAGCAAUCUGCAGCUGAUAUCGAACUCGUACAAGAUGUCGUCAAGUCGUACAUGAAAGAGCCCAGGAGCAUCAUCCUCGCGGUUGUAUCUGCAAAGAACGAUUAUGCCAACCAGGUUGUGCUGAAGCUCGCCCGAGCUGCCGACAGAACCGGAACUCGCACGCUUGGUGUGAUCACCAAACCUGACACUCUGGUUCCAGGAUCUGACAGUGAAGCCAUGUACAUCUCGCUCGCUAAAAACCUUGACGUGGAGUUUCGUCUUGGAUGGCACGUUCUCAAGAACAUGGAUUCGGAAUCUGGAUCCGGGACACGUUCAAAUCGUGAUGAGGAGGAAAGUCAUUUCUUUUCCAAAGGCAUAUGGCCCACGCUGCCUGGAUCUAUCCUGGGUAUCGUGCCAUUGAGAGAGCGACUGAGCAAACUCCUUCUUGUCCAGAUCGCAGCGGAACUCCCGAGUCUUGUGGAAGAGAUCGAACUCAAGUCUGCCGCUUGUCGUACUGGACUCGAAAAGCUGGGCCAGCCUCGGGCUAGUAUCGAAGAACAACGCCAAUAUCUAAUCACCCUCAGCCAAGCAUGCCAAGCCCUCACCAAAGCCGCUGUCGACGGGACCUACAACGACGACUUCUUCGGUAACGCGAAAACUGACGUUGGCUACCAGAAACGCAUUCGUGCUGUGGUACAGAACCUCAAUCAGUCUUUUUCAGAGACAAUG